AAAAGCUUAUGCUAUGGAGGAAGUUGAUGAACCAGUGAGCCCGACCGGUCAGUACCUCAACAGUUCGGUGCUCUCCAUCUCCAUCCUUGCCACUUUGGAGUUUGACAUCCCCAUUGAUGCCUCACAGACUUACUUCUUGCUUAAUACUAUUUUCCUUCCCAUUAACCCUCGUUUCUCCUCUCUUAUGGUUAGAGAUGAAAAUGGUGUGAAACAAUGGAAGAAGGUGGAAGUGAAGCUUGAAGACCAUGUUCAUGUCCCUAUCUUUCCAGAUGGGUUAUCAUCGGAAUCUUACGUUGACUACUUACAAGAAUAUCUGUCCAAGAUAGCCAUGGAAAGUCUUCCACAAAGCAGACCCUUGUGGGAGAUUCACUUAAUCAAAUACCCAACAAGUAACGCAGAUGGGACUCUAGUAUUUAAGCUUCAUCAUGCACUGGUUGAUGGCUUUUCACUCAUGGGUGCCUUGUUUUCUUGCUUAAGAAGGGCUGAUAACCCUUCUCUUCCUUUAACUUUUCCUUCAUCAAAGCAGGGCAUGAGUUCUGAUAGCAACAGAAACAGUUUCUUUAAGAAGGUGACUGGGUUUCUCUCAAGGUUCCUCAACACUACCUCUGACUUUCCCUGGAGUAUUCUGAAGAGCAGUUUUGUUGAAGAUGAUCGGACACCAAUCAGAGCUGGCCAUGAGGGGGUGGAAUUCCGGCCGAUCAGCAUUUCAACUGUGACAUUCUCUCUAGAUCAGAUCAAACAAAUCAAGGACAAGCUUGGUGGGACAACAGCUCAAUAUGUCCAUAGCACACUAAAGAACACGAGCAUGGUAAUCUCGAAUAUGAUUGGGCCAAUGGAACAAAUGUCAUUGGCUAAUCAUCCUAUUAGGGGACUGUACUUCAUGGUGGUUGGCUCACCUCAGAGUCUCACUGUAACAAUUGUGAGUUACAUGGGACAACUAAGGGUGGCAGUGGGAGCAGAGAAAGGCUUCAUAGAUGACAAAAUGUUUACUUCUUGCUUGGAAAAUGCCUUCACAAGGAUUAAAGCCGCUGUCUGCACUAUGCAGCCCUAGACAACAUGAAGUGAAAAGGGGACACUCAACUAAGUAUUCCAACCUUUAAUGUUGUGCCUGCAAAUUCCCACCAUUGAGAAGUUUCUUUCAAUCUCUCUUCAGUAUUGCCCUUAUUAUGGAUUCUCCCCCUUUUCCUCUCAUUAUCACAUUGGAUCUUCACCAAAAAAAUUUGUAGUGAAUAAAUUGAUCACUAAGUCAAAGAUUGAUGAAGCUAAAGAGCUUGUGAAUCUUGCGAUGAAUAAUGAAUGCUACCACUCUUUAUUGGAACUCCUUAUUGGUGCUAGAAGAUGCAAAAGUUGAUGUCCGAUUUUGUGAGUUUAAAUUCAAUACAUGUUUACUUGUUA